UGUAAGAGCGCGUGACAUUUUAAAUUGUUUCUUCACUUAACCAAUCCAGUCCACGAAACUGCAUUCAACAGGUGUUUUCUAUCUUUCUUCGAGUUACAUUCUUUACGAUCUCCUUUUAUAACAAGUAGUUUUAUUGGUUCGAGAUAUCAGCUUCGCAUCCGUUCGUCGCAUAUGUAGCAUAUAUAAUAUCGCAGUGCCUCGCGCUACGUGUUUAUAACGCGUAAAAAAAUUCAUAUAUUUUAUUAUUUGAUGCGACUCUUCGGCAAUGAUAUUAUAUCUCACUAUAAUUGUCAUAUAGCAGUAAAAUCUAAAAAAAAAAGAUAAAAACAUUUUUGCAAGACUGACAUCGGCUAUUGCAACGUUGAUUUCGGUAUACGAUCCUGGUAUGACCGCGACGUAGAUUGCCGAUUCCAACGGGUCUGACCACCAUAUUGGUCUCGCUCCGCGUUCAGCCAAUGAUACGUUGCGUUACGUGCGGCGCACCUGAGGCAGUUAUAAUCAGGAUCGGUAUAUCCUGUUUAUGAUGCCGUAUUACAAUAGUGGUCACAGCCCAGCUUAUAACAAAGAUGGCGGUUCCAGCGGGCCGUCGAGUACUUCUGGUGGUCGUACCAGCAGUUCGGAACCGACGUAUAUGAUGGAGCACUUGGCCACGUUCACCGUCACGAAAGAAACCGGUAUUGUUUAUCCAGCGGAUGGUAUGCGUCGGCUUUUACAACUGGAGAAAAGUAAUGGUAUCUGGAGUCAAAAAAUGCAGCUUCGUCUGGAACGAAACUGGGUUCUUAUCAUGGACAACGAAACAGGGGCUGUCAUGGAACGAUUUCCGGCUUCUUUGAUACAGGAGCCGACAGCGUUCACGUCGAGGGAUCCCAUGGAGAUGUACAAUAAUAUUUUAGUCUUCACGGUGGCCGAUGACAGUGGUUCCGGUCAACGAGCGGAGAUGCACAUAUUCCAGUGCCAGAGUGUAUCGGCGCAGGAUCUUGUCGAGGACCUGAAGAUGUUGCAAAUGGGAAAACUUGUUACGGGCGGUUCGCCCAGAGGUCCCAGAGGUCACAUUCCACCUCCACCGACCUUACCGCCCCCGGAACCACCUCUGAACGGCGUUAAUGUCAGAGAACAAGUGUCCACUUUCAAUACGGCGAGUGCAGAGGGUCAGAAUGACAUUUCUCGAGAAGAAAAUAAUGACGAAGUAUCAUCGACGUCGUCAGAGAAAUACGAACGUGAUGUGACAAUUCUGAAUCAUUGCUUCGAUGACAUCGAGAAGUUCAUUGCGCGUCUCCAGCACGCAGCUGCUGCAUCACGAGAGCUGGAGCGUCGGCGACGUAACCGGAAAUCGAAAAAGAGAAACCUCGGCGACGGUAUGCUGACGAUGAGAGCGAAACCACCGCCUGAGAUGGAAUUCAUUGAUAUAUUUCAGAAAUUCAAGCUCUCUUUCAAUCUGCUAGCCAAGCUCAAGGCGCACAUCCACGAUCCCAACGCGCCGGAACUUGUACAUUUUCUCUUCACGCCGCUCGCGCUUAUAGUAGAUGCAUCUCACGACACCAAUUACGACCCGAAUUUACCGAGUAAGGUAGUGUCGCCGCUUCUCACGCGAGAAGCCGUCAAUCUAUUGAUAAACUGCGUAACUAGCAAAGAGACCGAACUUUGGCACUCGCUAGGUGAUACAUGGCUGAUACCGCGCGAUCAAUGGAAGGGUCAUGUACCACCUUACCAUCCGAUCUUCAUGGAUGGUUGGUCACCGGAGUAUUCUAUCCCCGAGGAUAGAGAUCACGAUCACUUGGCGUCUUUGCUAAACGCAGAUAAACAGAAGAGAGACGAAUUACCGGAACAACAGAACGAUCCUUACUAUAAUCACCGUGAUAUAGACGAGUCGCAUUACAGCAGCGAUUAUCUAGAGUACGAAAGUCGAGAGGAGCGCGGCGGUAAUGAGUACUUUGACAGAAAUUACGGGCCCAGCUCAGAGCUGUAUAGUAGAGAGGAGAGAGUGGAUCAGACCAGGGCACAUAGCGACAUUUCUGUGGAUUCAAUCGAGAGGGCUCCUAGAGCGUCCGCCGGUAUAGACAGAACGCAAGAGGCUUGGCUGGACGAGCUGGCAGCACGCCACGCCAAGAUCGUGCAAGUCACCUAUCCGCGAACGGCAAACAACGACAAGGAGCUCACUGUAGUUAGGGGUGAAUAUCUGGAGAUUCUCGAUGACAGCAGAAAAUGGUGGAAGGCGAGAAAUUCUCGGGGACAGAUCGCUCACGUGCCGCAUACUAUCGUUACGUCGCAUAAUUCUAUCCCUCAUUCUGCUGACAAUGAUGUCUUUAACAAUCCAUUGUAUACCAGCAGAUAUCCGAGACAGGGACACGGCUAUAACUACGAGGAUUCGGAGAUCGAAAGAACCAGUACUAGUCCAGGACCAGAAGCCACGCAUCGAGCACACGCGAUUCCACCACCAGCACCUGCUGAUUGGGUGAGAAAAGAAAGACUCGGGAAAAAAGACAAUGGUAAUGCUUACAACGGAACCACGAGUAACAGCAGUAGGUCGAGCAUUUCCUCCAUGGAGAGUACCUCUGAAUCGCAUGGAAAGCUCAAUACACAGCAAAGCAUCGUGGAAGUGCAUUCGCCACCUCGUCAUAUAAUAUCAGAUGUAAUAUCCGAUAAACCAGUGUCAUCGUCAUCGCUUUCGCCAGAACUAUCUGCUCCAAUAUUUACAUCGACAUCAACACUAGCUGUGUCAAAAUCGGCACCAAUAUUAUCUACCCUGAAAUCCACACCAGCACUAUCUCUACCGAAUUCAGCACCCGCAUCACCUGCAUUAGCUUCGAAGAUACCUUCAACUUCAACACCUCCACCACCACCUCCACCACCACCGACGCCAAUAAGACCUACUCCACCGCUACAGACUCAAAAAUCUGCGCCCUCGACAUUUUCCACAUCCAAUAAAAUUGAAGUUUCCAAAAGUAUUAAAUUCUUUAAUGGUACUAGCGGUCAAGAAGAAGUUCAAAAAGAGCUCAAGUUUGUCUUGACGAUGUUUCGAGAGAAGAAAGCGAAUUCUUCUCUUAACAAUGAUAUGCGUGACAUUUGGGUGAAUCAAUACUCGACUUCUCGGGAAAUUCAAACUUGGUUGGCGGCCAAAGGGUUCUCGGAGAAAAUUUGCAAACAGUUGGAAAAUAUCAACGGUAUGGAAUUAUUUAAUUUAUCGCGGCGACGAUUGGAGCAAUUGUGCGGAUUGUCCGAAGGAAGCAGACUCAACGGUCAAUUGACUUUAGCGAAAAAUGAAUGUGGGUAUAAAACAGCUCGAUCAUCGGAACUCAAGCAGAUCUUAGAAAAAGCGCGCCAAAGAGCAGAGGAGUUGAACGAUAAAGAUGAGGUCAGACAAUGAGCAUAUAUAUAUAUAUAUAUAUAUAUAUAUAUAUAUAUAUAUAUAUAUAUAUAUAUAUAUUUUGUGAAUCAUAUGUUCCUUGUAUUCCGCAUAUGUGCGGGAACGAUGUAAAUAUUAAUAGGUAAUAUGUACGAGCUUUAUCAUGAAAGGACUGGGAAGAGAAUGAAGGGUAAAAUAAAAUAAUUUUUUUUUUUUUUCGUAAUUUGUCAUAGAAAGAACUUUCAAAACGCGAAAACAAUCAUCGAUAAAAAUAAAUUAAAAUUAAACUGUCAAACUGAAAUAUUUUAUUUUACCUUAUAUUGUGAUAAUAUUAUUUACACAACGAAUCAAAGCAACAUUGCAUGCCAAAGAAUUUUUAGCAAGAUAGAAGCAUGUGAUAUAUACAAUAAAUUACUUGUAAUUUUUUUUUUCUUUGUGAAAAGAUACAGAUAAGCAAUAUAUUAUCCAUUUAUUAUAUAUAUUUUAACGGACUUAUUCAAACACAUAGAGAGAUAAGUUGUUUCCCGGUGCGAUAUUUGAAUAGAGAAUUUAAUUAAUUCAUUUUAAUUUGAUAUGUAUUUAUAUUACAAACAUACAUAAUAUAUAUAUGUAGAAUAAAUGGAAUCACUUUAUUAUUCGACAGCAACGUAAAAUAAAGUUAAAUUUAAAUGUUAAACAAAAGAAUAUGCUAUCAAACCAUAAAACUGAUGUUAGGAAACGGUAAUUAAAAGAUGAUGUAAUCAGUAUACAUAUAUAUUAUGUGAUAUAUCAGCAAUUUAUAUUAUAUUAUAUUUAUAUUAUAUUAUAUUUAUAUUUAUAUUAUAUGUGCAAAAUAAAUUGUUAAAUCGUUAAUUAAAAGAACAUAAACGAUUCAUCGUAUAUGUAAUCCUUUUAUGCAUCCCUGCGUAUUUAACUUAUAUACAUAAAAAUAAAAAUCUAAAUAGAAGAUUUUCUGGAUCUUUGUAUUAUUCUAUCAAAAAAUCAUCCGUCAAGGAAUAUAUAUUGAUUUAUAAUUAUUAUUGAUGUUACAUUAUAUAUAUAUUUAUUUAAAGCGAUCGCAUACAUUAUAACAGACAUAAAUAGAAUACUCUAGCUGUGCCAUUUAUGUCGAUAAACUAUACAUUUUUUUCUGAAUUCUUGACACGAGGUCACAUAACGUGAACACAUUGAUAAUCAUAUUAACGCUAUUUGUCGUCAAGCCCUCUUAUAUAUAUGCCUUUUAAAUAAUUGAUAUCACAAGAUACCUAAUAGUGAUAACAUAAAAAAUCUACACUGGUAUAAAAUAUCAACAGCGUCACAUGCAAAAUAUAAUAACUUUCUGUGUAAAGUUUAAUUGUGAUAACAAUACGUUAAAAAUAUUUCCAUUAUAUAUAAGAUACUUUACGAAUUAAUACAGCUUAUGUUGUAAUUCGCUUUCUUCGAUUGCUCGUAAUGCUUUAAGUAAAAUUUAUUUUUAUAAACAAUGUUUUUAAAGAAAUCUGUGUAAUUUUCUUUUGAAUUUUUCAACGUCUCUCAAAUUCAAAGUCUUAAAUGAUUCCGAAUAAUUAUAUAAACGACGAUAUUAUUUUUGUGAGAAGAAAAAGCGUUUUACAAAAAGCAUUUUGCAAACAGCAUUUUGCAAAAAGCAUUUGGUAUCGUAAAUACUUUUACAGAAAGUGAAUUAUAUGAAUACAAAAUAUACAAAAAGUUACUAUUCCAAAUAAUCUUAUACGUCGUAUUUCUACCGAUUACAUAUUUUACUGAUAUAGAGAGAUAUCUAGAAAAAGUCGAUAAUUUGCGAAAUUGUUGUCGAUAAAAAAUCUUCUAGAAAAUUUUUUAUUUCUAAUAGCUCGUGUGAAAAAAUAUGAAAAUCGACAAAGUCGACGUUAAUAAAAAAAAAUUUUGAUUUUUACGAUUUACAAAUUGCUUGCAUAAGCUUUAGUACGAUUGCAGUUCUUACACUUAUUAAUAAUUGCGUGUCAUUAAUACUUUGUAUGCGAUGACAAUGAUUAUACGAUUAUAUUUCAUAUUUUUGUUAUUUCUUAUCAUUAUCAUGUCAAAUAAUCUUUGAUAGCAAUACGAUACUUUCCGAUAUAUCCUAAGUGUUAAACAUCGUUGAAAUAAUAGAUCAGAAAAAGAUAAGACUGUUGAAGAGAAUUAGUAUUCGAUACUUCAAUUAAAAUAAAAAAACAUAUGGAUUUCACGUUAGAUAUCUAAAUAUCGGAAUGUAGGAAAACUUGUGAAUUAAAUGAAAAAAAUUAAUAACGGUACAUAAACUAAAAAUUAUUGAUUGUGAAAUUGAUUCUACGAAUGUCUCUUAAGUAAAUUUCUCUCUCUUACAAUUAAUAAAUAUGUAUUUUUUAUAAAACGUAUUAUCUCUUAUGUUGUUCUUAUCGCAGUGAUCUUUUUACAGCGGUAAUGAGCGAAUAUUGUUAAAAAUUUGUGCGUCGUUUCAUAUCGUGCGCUCAGACGCCAUAAAAGCGAGUCAUUAUCAGUAUCGCCAUAAUCUUCUACCGAUAAGAAUUACAUACGUUUAUAUGUCAAAUGAAAAUUAUAAUUCUAAUAAAUCGUCAUUCGACCUAGAAUUAUCUUCCUUUGAUGUAUUGUAUCUAGGAUUCUACAGCAAGUACAAAUUUUUAUCGAAAAUUUGAUCGUAAGAAGAUAUUAUUUUUUUCGUCAAAAUUCCUCUGAUUUACACACUUAUGUUAAAUAUGAUGUAUAUCAUUGGUCACCAUAAAAUUAAAAUGCAACAUUCAAUCUCGACACUUUAGUAAAAUUAUGAGAAAACGCAUAAAAUUUAUACUGGUUACAUAAAAAUGAUUAUUAAGUUAAUAUAAACUAAGAUCGCGCAUUUUUAUAUAUAUAUACAUAUUUGACAACUUAAUUAAACUAUAUGUAAUAUUUUCUUAUUAAUUAUGGUAUAACGUAAUACAAACGUUUAUGUCUUGGAAAAAUAUAAUUGAAAUAAAUAAAUUGAAAUAAAUAAAUAUAUAUAUAUAUAUAUAUAUAUAUAUAUAUUUUCGUAAUUA